GUCAGCGGCUGUCCUUCUUCUCCGCCCUCCUCUCUCCUCCUCCUCCUCCUCCGCCGCCGCCCUUGACGGCAGGGGCGGUUUGAACCGCCUGAAGGGAGGAGGAGCAGCCGCCGCCGCCGUUGCCGCCCAGGAUGCGAUGGGGAACUGCUGGGCUCAGUGGUGCUGCGGGCUCUUCUUCCGGAGGGAAGCCGGCCGGCUCCAGCGAGGCGGAGGAUCAAAGUAUUUUAGAACAUGUUCAACAGGAGAACAUUUCACUAUAGAGUUUGAGAACCUAGUGGAAAGCGAUGAGGGGGAAAGCCCAGGAAGCAGUCACAGACCUCUGACUGAGGAAGAAAUAGCUGACUUGAAAGACAGACAUUAUGACUCCAUUGCUGAAAAGCAGAGAGUUGUUGAUAUGAAACUUCAGUCAGAGUUAGCCUUACAAGAGGAGAAGUUAAGACUAGAAGAAGAGGCUUUAUAUGCUGCACAACGUGAAGCAGCCAGGGCAGCAAAGCAGAAAAAGCUCUUGGAGCAACGUAGACAGCAAAGGAUAACACAGAGAGCACAUGCUGUUAAUAAUGGAGAAUAUCAGAGCUCUGUGGCAGAGGACGAUAUUGAUUUUUUCUUAAGAAAUACAAAAUUCCAGUAUGAAGCUUUUCGAAGUAGUAGACUUUCAUCUGAUGCUACAGUGCUAACGCCCAACACAGAGAGCAGUUGUGACUUAAUGACCAAAACAAAAUCAACGAGUGGAAAUGAUGACAGCACUUCAUUAGAUUUAGAGUGGGAAGAUGAAGAAGGCAUGAACAGAAUGAUUCCAAUGAGAGAACGCUCCAAAACAGAAGAAGAUAUACUGCGGGCGGCACUGAAAUUUAAUAGCAAGAAGACAGGAAGUAAUCCAGCUUCAGCCUCUGAUGAUUCUAAUGGAUUGGAGUGGGAGAAUGACUUUGUUAGCGCUGAAAUGGAUGAUAAUGGCAAUUCAGAAUAUGCCGGAUUUGUAAAUCCUGUAUUAGAUUUGUCUGCAUCAGGUGUAAGGAUAUCUGAUUCUGAUCAUCAAGACAGAUAGUGAAACUGCGUGGCCCUUGUUUAUGACCACAUGUUGAAAAGUGAAAUAGAAUGUACAAAACCAAUUUGCUCUUUUUUAACAUGGUUCCCUUUUUCUUACAAAUUGAUCAGCAAGGAAUGGGAAUGACUUCCUAUCUGAAUUAAUUCAGAAUUAAGUGCAAUUUUAUCAUCUACCUUCUAAGCUUUUAUGAAAACUGGGAUGAUUCUAUUCUGUAUAUUUCUGGAUAUCUGGAUUUAAUAUAAAAUUAUCUGCACUAAUUUAAGCUUCAUAGCUUGACAUAUCUGUAUUUUAACUAGCCUUUUUUUCUGGAUGAUGUUUCUACUGAUUUUGGUUUUAAAAUUCAUCAUUGGCCUAACAUUUAACUCAUAAACAAUCUUAUAUAAUUUAUCUAAUACUUGAAUAUAGAAAAAUAAUUUAAAAAAAAUUUUAUUUCCAAUAUGUGCUUUUUGACUUGUUCUUUAGUUAUUUAGAGGGUGUACUUAGCCAGCUGCAAAACAAAUUUCACACAUGGUAAAUUGCAGUUUUUCCCUGUCUAGCUUAUAGUCUUCUUAGCCUUGUGUUGUCCUCUUCCCAUUUAUUUUAUUUUUUUGUUACUUUAUGCUAAGCACAGUUAACCUCAAUAAACUUAGUAUAAAUAAUCA